CAGGUCUGAUCUUGGAGGCUAUUCUUAUUCAGAGUAGCCAAGCUGCAGACCAUCACCAUUUCCACCAUCAAAAUGGCAACACAAGCUUUGGUCUCCUCUUCAUCUAUUACUGCUUCAGCAGAGGCUGCUAGGCAGAUUCUAGGAGGAAGGUCGCUCCACUCAUCUCAAGCUUUUUCCUCCAUGUACGCUUACUGAAUUUAUGUUAUCUUUCAGCAAGGAGCAGACAGACAGCUGUGGUUUGCCUCCAAACAGAGCCUUUCUUACUUGGAUGGCAGCCUUCCUGGAGACUACGGAUUUGAUCCGCUGGGACUCUCAGAUCCCGACGGUCCUGGAGGCUUCAUUGAGCCAGGAUGGCUAGCAUAUGGAGAAGUCAUUAACGGACGAUAUGCCAUGUUGGGAGCAGUAGGAGCAAUUGCACCUGAGAUCCUCGGAAAAGCUGGUCUCAUUCCACCUGAAACAGCUCUUCCUUGGUUCAAAACUGGAGUGAUUCCUCCUGCUGGUACAUAUGACUACUGGGCAGAUCCCUACACCUUAUUUGUCUUUGAGCUGGCACUCAUGGGAUUCGCUGAGCACAGGAGAUUCCAGGACUGGUGUAAGCCAGGGUGUUUGGGCAAGCAGUACUUCUUAGGUUUCGAGAAAUACUUGGGAGGCUCUGGUGACCCUCCAUACCCUGGUGGCCCCCUCUUCAACCCUCUUGGGCUCGGAAAAGAUGAGAAAUCCUUGAGGGACUUAAAGCUGAAGGAGAUUAAGAACGGAAGAUUGGCCAUGUUGGCAAUAGUGGGUUACUUCGUUCAAGGUCUCGUCACAGGAGUAGGACCAUACCAAAACCUUCUUGAUCAUUUGUCUGACCCCGUGAACAACAAUGUAUUGACCAAUCUCAAGUUCCACUAGAGUCUCAUCUGCUCCCAUUUCUCCUCUACUCUCUCCCCUCCCCCCCCAAAACCCCCAAACACCAAACAACCUUUUCUACUAUAUUAUCAGAGUUGUAACUUCAUGUGCAGAAAGUAUUUAGCAUAUCAUCUGUAAUCUGUACCGAGUACAUGUUGAAAACCUUGAAACCAAACCAUUGAGCUCAGAGAAACUUCAAUUGGUUCGAAA